GCUUCUUCUGUCAUUUCAUCCCUUGAAGCCUGUGGGUCUGUGAGUUGUGUAGAAUUUGUGUUCCAGAGAUAAAAACUUAGACAUUCCUGCGCUCAAUUAUGGAUUUUGUACCGCCUUUAACUGUCCAAGCAGCGUACAGUGUCCAGCCAUUAGAAGACUACGACACCCCUCGAGCUCCUCUCUUGAGACAAGUUUCCUUAGACGAGGAGAGGAGAGACGACUGCCAGGGGCACUGGAGGGGCCCCCACCUGCAGGGCGAGGAAGAGGAGCGGGGGGUCCGGUUGUUCCGGGCCAUGCUGCUCCAACACCUGAGGCUUGAGGAGUUGAGGCCCCCGCCUUGUAUCGUCGCGCCUGCCAGACCGGAGCCUAGAGGUUGGUGGAUGUACUGGCGUGACUGGCGGUCGCUGGAGCGAGCAGCGAAAAGGUUCCGCGAGUCCAAAGCGCAGGCGCGACUGGCGGAGCGGGCGGCGCAGAUAUCGCUGCUCAGCCUCGAUGAGGUCGAGUUUGAAGAUAUCCUGCAGGAACUAUGCCAGGCAUGUUGCCACGUAGAGCAACGCGCGCUAGUAGUACUAGCGUUCCUGUGUGAGGUGUGCGCCCGCGCAGUCCGCGUUGGCGGCUGGUGCCGCGCUACCGACUGGGCUGCUAAACAUGUUGCGCAGUGUGCUACACCCUGGGCUAUACGACAUGGAGGUUGGAGCGCAGUAGUAGAAAGAGCGAGUGGGACGAGGAGAGAAGAGUCGACAUUCCUAGCCGGGGCGGCUCUAGCGGCUCUUGUGGCGUUCCUACUGUUCUGCCGCACACGUCUGCGUCACGCACUGCUCUAGACAACCACCAAUCACAGCCCGCCAAAAAGGCGGUUUGAUUAAUUUCAAAGUAACGCUAAGCGUUUAUUGGUGCAAUUGCAUUUAGAAUUCUACAAUGCGCAC